UGGAACGAGAACGGCGAACAACAGAGAGAGAGUGUCGGAGGAGCUGUUGUCGUUCAAAACGGAACGGAUAGGUGGGACCGACCAGAGAGUCUCUGGCACCGACGGCCGGGGAAAACAAGUAACUCGCAAUACUUGCACCAGUGUCACGGAUUUAUCAACACCGUUUUGGUAAAGGAACGCGUUUUCUGUCGCUGCCGUCCGAAACAAGUGUCACUGCAACAGACGGCUCUGUUGCAUGUCUGUUUUGCAGUAAGCGAGUCCCUACCCCUCCGCCAAGAUCCGGCUGUUAGAUGUGACCACGAGGCUGAUCAGGAGAAGCCACCAUGUCUUAAACACCGACGGGCCCUCCGGAGCCCUGCCCCCCCACCCUGGACCUCCCUCCCCUUCCCCUGUCCACCACCUCACCCCUUCCCCCAGCCCCAUCCCACUUCCAGACCUCCCCACCAAUGUGAGGGACAGGCUCCCCAGCCCUGGCUCCCCGCUGGCUCCCCCCUCCCCUGCCUCCGGAGACAUGAGCCUGCAGAAGCACCAACGGUUGGGUGGUGGUAGUGGUGGUGGGGUGAUGGGUUCUGACCGUGACCUGCAGUCCACUGCUUCCUCCAUCUCUUUGCCAUCGGUCAAGAAGGGCCCCAAGAAGAGGCGCCUCUCCCUGGCCUCUCUUUUCCGACGGCGAGGUCGGGAGUCCAAAUCCGGGCGACAUCGUUCCCGAGAGCUUCAGCAUUCCGGGGCGGGAGGACUGGGAGGCGUUGAUGGCAUCGCCAGCAUCGAGAGCAUCCACUCUGAGAUGUGUAAUGAUAAGAACUCUGCCUUCUUCUCUGUGGCUGGUGCUGCCUCUGCUGCUGCUGCCUCCACCUCAUCUGCCUCAGGGCCUUCCUCCUCUACCUCCUCCUCCACCUCCAAGGUGGGCAGUGGAGGUGGGGCGGGGGCAGAGCUGCUGGAGUGCCCGCUGUGCCUUCUGCGUCACUCCAGGGAGAGCUUCCCUGACAUCAUGACCUGCCACCACCGUUCCUGCGCCGAUUGUCUACGCCAGUACCUGCGCAUUGAGAUCUCAGAGUCACGUGUCAACAUCAGCUGCCCUGAAUGCUCAGAGCGCUUCAAUCCGCAUGACAUCCGCAUGAUCCUUGGUGAUCGAGCUCUAAUGGAGAAGUAUGAGGAGUUCAUGUUGAGGAGGUGGCUGGUGGCCGAUCCUGACUGCCGCUGGUGUCCUGCACCGGACUGUGGGUACGCAGUGAUCGCCUUUGGGUGUGCCAGCUGUCCUAAGAUCACAUGUGGCCGGGAGGGCUGCGGCACAGAGUUCUGCUAUCACUGUAAGCAGCUGUGGCAUCCAAACCAGACCUGUGAUGCAGCACGACAGCAGAGAGCCCAGAGCCUCCGGCUUAGGACUGUCCGCUCCUCCUCUCUCAGCUACAGCCAGGAAAGCGGAGCUGCAGCUGACGACAUCAAGCCAUGUCCACGCUGUGCCGCUUAUAUCAUCAAGAUGAAUGAUGGCAGCUGUAACCACAUGACCUGCGCUGUCUGCGGCUGUGAGUUCUGCUGGCUCUGCAUGAAAGAAAUCUCAGACCUGCACUACCUGAGUCCAUCAGGCUGUACUUUCUGGGGGAAGAAGCCAUGGAGCAGGAAGAAGAAGAUCCUGUGGCAACUGGGAACACUGGUGGGCGCCCCUGUUGGCAUUGCGCUUAUUGCUGGCAUAGCCAUUCCUGCCAUGAUUAUUGGCAUACCAGUGUACGUAGGAAGAAAGAUCCAUAACCGCUAUGAAGGCAAAGACAUCUCCAACCACAAGAGGAACCUGGUGAUCGCUGGUGGAGUGACUCUCUCGGUCAUCGUGUCUCCGGUGGUGGCAGCAGUCACUGUCGGCAUUGGCGUUCCCAUCAUGCUGGCCUACGUGUAUGGCGUGGUGCCCAUCUCGUUGUGCCGUAGUGGGGGCUGUGGCGUCUCCGCUGGGAAUGGCAAAGGGGUUCGCAUCGAGUUUGACGAUGAAAAUGACAUGAACAUUGGCAGCGGGGCGGCUGCAACCGACACUACGUCAGUGGCAGACACCAGGAACAACCCCAGUAUUGGUGAGGGCAGCGUGGGGGGGCUGACAGGCAGCCUGAGUGCCAGCGGCAGCCACAUGGACCGCCUCGGAGCCAUCAGGGACAACCUGAGUGAGACCGCCUCCACCAUGGCCCUGGCUGGAGCCAGCAUCACUGGCAGCCUCUCUGGCAGCGCCAUGGUCAACUACCUUAACAGGCUGGAGGUGCAGGCAGAUGUGCAGAAGGAGCGCUGCAGCCUGAGUGGUGAGUCUGGCACGGUCAGUCUAGGGACAAUCAGCGACAACGCUAGCACCAAAGCAAUGGCUGGAUCCAUUCUUAACGCCUACAUGCCCCUUGACAGAGAUGGGAACAGCAUGGAAGUGCAAGUGGACAUCGAGUCCAAACCUGGCAAGCUGCGGCACCACAGCGGCAGCAGCAGCAUGGAUGACGGUGGCCAUGCUGGCCGCUGUGGCUGGACCUGCUCCUCCACCGGCUGCACCUUGUCGGAGGGCAAAGGAGCCUCUGCCAAGUGGGCCAAAGAGCCCUCCUGCUCCUCCUCCUCUGGCUCAGUGGGCAAGAAGAGCAAAGGCAAGCUGCGCAAGAAAGGCGGAGGCGGCACCAAGAUCAACGAGACACGGGAGGAUAUGGACGCUCAGCUGCUGGAGCAGCGAAGCACCAACUCCUCGGAGUUUGAUUCUCCUUCUCUGAGCGGCAGCCUGCCAUCGGUGGCUGAUUCCCACUCCAGCCACUUCUCUGAGUUCAGCUGCUCUGACUUGGAGAGCAUGAAGACGUCUUGUAGCCACGGCUCUGGUGGAGGCGAGUACCACACACGUUUUGCCACCGUCAGCCCCCUGCCCGAGGUGGAGAACGACCGCCUGGAGACCUGCCCCGCGUCGUCCUCAGCCCAAGGGGCCGUGAUCACCCCUCACUCACCCACCUCCACCACCUCCUCCCUGGGCCACGGUGCAGAGCUCUCCCCUCUCUGCUUCAUCACGGAGGAAAAUGUCAACCUGGUGUGCCCUGCUGAGUUAGACUCUCACAGCAACACUGGAGAGCUGCUAAAAGAAGCCAACAACAAUCACCACCACCGCCACCAACCACAACAUCCAGCCCAAACCCAGCAGCAGCCCAAGAACUCCUGUAUACAGACUGAAAUCUAAUACCUUAAGUGCUGCACACAGACUCCAUGUUUUUAGUUAACCUCUUUCCUCCACUGAACUAACCACCAUAGGUUACAAGGUUUAAACUGCAUCUUCUGUUAUUCCCUUCUAAAGGGGCAUGAUAAUUGUGGGAUUAAUUUCCUUCAUUUAAAAGAGGAACCUUUGGAAAAUAAAGAUCUGUGUCCAUUGACUGUCAGGAGGUUUUUUUGGAAAUGAUGAGAGGUUUUCAAAGAGCAGCAAUCUUGUGAGACAUGAUAGGAUUGUGAAUGCUGGUGUUUCUUCCUGUGACCCUCAGACUGCUAUUCCCAUUGUUCAAACACCUUGAUAGUUCACUUGCCACUUCUGAUGUAAGGCAACCCAUUGAUUUGGUUGCUGUCGUUACAAUAUGUGUAGGUUAACAAAAUAAAACCACUGUGCCGGUUUUGCCAAUAUUUGAUUUUGGCUCUUCGAUGCGGAUGCAACACCAUGCAGGAUUUUUAACAGCUUUCCAAAAACAAUGAACUCAAACAGGGACCAGGCAAUAUGAUUCACCGUUUUCUCUUGUUUCCAAAUUGAAUUCUUAGAUGAAUAUUUUUGUUCUCCUGUAUUUAUUAGAUUUUUUUGUUUUUGGUUGGAACAUUUGAAAUGAACCUUCUAGUGUAGAAACGAGACUUGGGCUUAACUUCCUAAAUGUAUUUUAGCACUAAAAUCUCCUUUAUUGUCUGACUUGUAAUGCAACUGAGAUUCUCUUUUAGAGCCUGAGUCCCAUUUUGGAGAUGACAGCUCACUCUGCUGCAACUUGGUAACAUCUGAGUCAAGAAGUGUGGCAGAAAUCACCUGAACAACACUGAAUAUGCUUUCCUUGUCAGUGCUAAGAUGCUUUAGGAAAUCCCAGGCCUGGUGUUGUUCUGUGGACGGCUUGUAAGAGGCGCGGAGUAUCUGAGCAGAAAUGUCUGAUUCCUGGGUUGGUUGCUGCUCUCUGGUAGAGAUUAGAGAAAGGUCUCUGGAAGGCCACAGUUUAUUAAGUCGACGUUGUGCUGAAAGUCAUUUCGAUAAUAUUAAACAAUGGGUUGGUCAGUUCUGUGAAAUUGUAAAAUGUCCUGUCCCAAGGUGAUUUAUUCAGGCUGAUGGUUUCGCCUCACUGAGUAAGAGAGAACUUUGAUAUCUUUGUUAACUCAUGGUGCCUUCAAGAAGCUGUUUUUUUUUUUGUUUUUUUUUUUCAUCUUGGUUUCUCUCCACCGUGUCUUCAAGACUUAAAACAAGAGAUACAUGAUAGAUUUCAGAAUGUCUGUCUAUGUAGGACGGGGUGUUAGGGUAUCACAUACAGUACAUAACUGUGGUAGACAUGGUUAAUGAAGACUUUUCAAUUGCCUACCAAAGACAGCACUCAGGCUCUUGGUAAAUCUUACUCCUUAUACCUUUGAUGUCUGUUUUUUCACCUGUAGACACAGUAUGGUGCAUCCUUUUUACACCAUAGGGAUGAAUGAAGACAAGACCCAGGAAUAUACACACAUACAGACUGCUGUUUUGUACAUGCUUUACAAAUGCUACGCAAAUAACUGAGGCCGCUGAAUGGCCCGAGGCACCUGCACUGUUAACUGUUAUUUCUUCUAACAUUAAUGUACUGCAAUGCACAACGUUAACGGGAUACAUCCAUUUGUUUGUCAUGGGCUCCCAGCCCUGUUGAUUUGUCCUGUGAUUCCUGUUUGUGUUGCCAAUCGGUGCUGCUGAGCAGACCUGAAGUCAAGUUCUGUUUCAAAUACUCGCUUAUUUUUGAGUGUUUGCUUUGAGCCUUUGUUGAGUGCAGAGACCACUGAUCUGGCUCAGCUGAACCUCUAAGGUAAAAGCAUUGUGAAUGGUAUUUUGACCCAGGUCUGUUACUGGUUUUUAGGAUAAGGCUACAUGCUGCAGUCCUCUUCACAUUACAUACUACAUUGUUUGGUUGAUUCCCACUUCCUGGUUCUGUUUCUCUCAUUCUUCACCACAACUCCCAUUUCUUGAUCCUAAUUUGAACACUAGUGCCAGAUAUAAUUUGUAAUUUGUGCAGAAUGGCAUAAGGUAUUUGUAUAUUUGUUUGCUAAUUUGCUUUACAAUAUGCGUGUAAAUGCAUAUCUGAAAAAUUAAAAAAACAAUCUAUAUAUGAA